CUCUCCACCAAAAAAAAGAAAAAACCCAGAUAUUUGGAUUCCUUGAACCUAUGUUGUUGGGUUCCACUGAACCCAAAUUGCUGGGUUCCCUCAAACUAAAUCUGGGUUCAAACAAAACCAGGUAGCUAGGGUUUUAGAGUGUGGUAGAAAUCGUGGGUGCAUGAUCAACCCUUCGACAAAGGCUAUGGGGGAUUCAUCGGUUGUUUUCUAUCCUUCCCGUGUUGUUUCCAGUGGAGGUUUGAUAUCCGGCACAGAAGGUGAGCAAAUAGAGGGGUUUCUUUGGCAACUAGGUCUUAGGGUUGCCCUCGUGAGAAUCCACCUUUUCACGUGUCUGCGCAAGGUGCCUUCUUGGUGGUUUGCUGGGUAGAGGAGUGAGGGGUUGAUGGCAGCGGCUUGUGACAAGGAGUUCGAGUGGUGUCUGACACUAAACUGGAUGCAGGUUGGGUAUGUAGAAACUUUGUUGGUUUGGGGUUGCUUGUUUCACAGAGCUAGGAAGGUUGGGGUGGUGGUAAUUGGUUUUUUGGUCGGGAUUAAUUGGAAUCCUAUGUGAAGCUCUGUGUGAAUACAGAUCUAGUUUCGAA